UACAGAAUUUUUAAUAUUUUACAAAAUUAAUAAUUAUUUACAAAAAUUUGAUGAAUUAUGUGAUUUCCCCAUCUGAGUGUGAAAAAAAGAUUAAAAUAUUAAAAUAUGUACAAAAUAUUGAUAAAUUUUAAUAGUUUAUUAAUUUUUUAUUAUGUAUUAAUGUUUAAUGUGUCGUCCAUAUCAACCCAUCGCAGUAAUAAUAAAUUACAUUUCAGGCGAGAUUCUCCGAAAUAUCUAAUGAUUAAUGAAAAAUCCUUGAGUGGGAUAACAAGUUUAAACCGUGUGGAGUUGAAGAUUAAAACUUUUUGGGGCAAGGAAUCUCAGUUUAAUUCUGAGAUUCCAGUCACCGUAAGCCUCAACGACACUUUCCUCAACGUUAAAAAACUAAUCUCCAGCAAGACUGGAAUCCCCGUAGAACUGCAGAGUCUCUACCUACCACUGCGUAACACACCUGACUCAGAACAUAACUCCAUUAUCUUGAGUAAAUGUGUGAGAUUAAGUGAUGCGGACAGUGUAAUGAGUUGUUUGCGUAGUUGUAGGAUAGGUUCCAGGGCGUUGGAGCUUGAGCUCUUGCUGGAUUUACCAGCGCCGGCCUUUAAAUCCUCAACGCCAAACCCGAACCGAAUCGGCGAUUACCUCACAGCCGUAGUCAGGUACAACAAUUUACUCACUGCGGGCACUGUUACACACGGAAAUUGCGCAGAUAAUAUCAACUCAUUCAUCAAACACGCCGAAGUUUACAAUACCAAACUUGGGCCAACUGAUAGUACAAAUGGUACAGAGGGUACAGGGGGUACAGAGGAUAGAGGGGGUACAAAGGGUAUAAAGGAUGAGUACGUGGAUAAAAGAGUUUAUGUGAGGAUAUGUAAGGAUUAUCCGAGGAGUUCGAAUGUGUUGAGUGAGCGUGUGGGUAAUUUGAUGAAAAAGUAUUUGCCGAUAGAUUUGGGAAAUACUUUAAAACUCUCAGCCUUUUGUUUACUUUUAAAAUUGAAUAGUAAUUUUAGUAAAACAGCUUUGGAUCUCAUCGGACUGGUGCCACUAGUGUCAGUGUUCGUCCAGACGAGGCCGGGGAUUUUAUGCUACAAAACACUUUUCCACCUCAUCGCACAACAGUACAUUCCCAAACUUGUGUAUAAUAUAUUACCGGCGCACUUGGCUGAGAAGGUGCGUGUAAGCUAAUCUCAUACCACGUACGAUAUAUAAUAUUAUCACUUGUCUUUGGACGGUCUAGCCCACUCAACCUGUAGAAAAAUAAAUAAUAAUUAUAUUACGUUGAGUAAAAGGUUGUUGUAUCCCCAGCGGUUAAACUUGUUAAUCGCUUCCCUCGCAUCCUCCUUAUUCACAUACGUCACAAACGCAAAACCCUUCGGGUUCUGUGUCUCCCUAC